AUGGGCGGCGGCGGAGGCGCGCACGGCGGCACCACCUACAAGGGCUACACCGAGCCGAGCCGGAAUCCACCUCGUCGCGCGAGUCCUCCCCGUUCGCCGCUCGUUCCUGUGGAGGUCGGUGGCGCCGGGAGGGGCCCAGAUGCGCCGCCCCCCUGCAGCGAGCCGCAGGUGAGGGGUCUCCCCCGUCGUGCGAGUUUCCGUCCCACCCCGGUUGCUCCUGCGGUGGUCGGCGGCGCUGGGAGGGACCCAGUUGCGCCGCCUCCCUGCUACGAGCCGCAGGCGAGGGGAUUUCAUUUUCCUCUACGGGGGAACUCGAUUUCGCAGCUGAUUCAGAGCAAUCCGUUCGUCUCUGAGGAUUUCCCUCCGCUGCGUCGGGAGGCUGUCCGGUCUGUUCCACCUCUCGGGCGUUCUAAAGCUGGGGAGCAUGAAUCAGGGCGGAUCUCUGCUCCUUCACAAUCGGCCUGGGAUCGUCGCUUGGAGAGUGAUAGGUUAGCACUGGAUAUCAAGCAAUCUCUGUUUGGGGAUGGUUUGCGUGAGCUUGAUUGCGCGGCAACUCGCCUAGAAGAGGCGCUGGCGAAAAUCCCGAUCCAAACCCCACCCACCUCAACUGUUUCUGUUGGGACUGAACAGGUUCUGGAGGUAGACGACAGCCCAUCUGGCUACGGAGUUGGGCUCACACACGAAGCCAUCCACUCUCACUCGUGGAGGCCCAGUGGCCCAAGUUGGUUGUGGAUUUCCAAAGGGAGUGCUGCGGAAGGCGUUGGCUUCCCAGCCCGCAAAGAGGAGGUUCGUCGCUUUGGUCACCUCGCGAGACGCGUUCGUCGAGUUGGUCCUCCGCCGCCCCUGUCGAAAACCUUUGCGGCGGCGCUCAAGGAAGGGGCGAUGGCUUGGCGCGCCCCUCCCCAGCAGCGGGUAGGCAAGCGGAGAUCGGGUUUCGAAGAGUGGAUGGAGGAGGACGAUCUGUUGGAGCCGGAACACCCGCGCAACCUGGAUCUACGCCACAAGCUUCAGCGCGGAGGAAGCCAUGAGGGCGCAUCCAGGGAGGCUGUGCGACGGGAGUGGCGCGCGAGAGACCUACCUCCGCCCAAUCCACCCUCUCCGUCGCGCGGUAAUUCGAGGGCUCCUAUCCCUUCGCGGCCACGUGCUGAUCCCAUGGGCGGGACCUCGCGUGGGGCACGGUCACAGGGUGAGGAUCACCCUCCCUCGACUGAAUCUACCAAAGCUACUCAGAAUCCCAAAGAGGACAAGUCAAAGCGCUCUGAAGGUAACAAGUCGUCAGAUAUCUGUUUUCGCUGCAAUGAAGCUGGACAUCAUCAAUUAAACUGCACCAAUGAGCCUAUCUGUUACAAGUGCAAGCUACCUGGUCACAUGGCUGCUGAAUGCGCUGAUUUGCAUUGCAAAAAGCUUAAGAUGUUCGGUUUUGGAAUCCCUGGUCAAGGCUUUUACUCCUUAGAAAUUCCUGAUGCUGAGCAGGUGGAGAAAUUUGGAGGGUUAAUUUCUGUUACUGAGGGCAAUGCCACUGCGGAGAAGUUGGAGAGAGAGCUUAAAAAUCUGAUCAAGCCUGACUGGGAUUUCCGUGUGAAGGAACUAGAUAGAAAUGAAUUUAGUGCUUCCUUUCCGGAUCAGAUACCUCUUAAUACUUUCUCUAAACUGACCACAGUUGGUCUUGCGCUGUAUGGCUACAAGGUUCAGAUUUCCAAGACCAAUAUUGACCCAGCUGCUUCCUCAGUUUUGCACUCUACUUGGAUCAGAAUUGGGGGUGUUCCCAACUUUGCUAGAAAGGUGGAGGUGAUUAAGGAGAUUGCUUCUUUGGUGGCUGAGCCAAUUAAGGUGGAUGAAUUUAGCCUUUGGAGAGAUGAGCCGGUGCGAGUUAGAGUGAAUUGCAGGAACCCAGCAAAUCUAAAAGGCUUUGUGGAGAUUUUCUUCAAUAGAGUGGGCUAUGAAAUCAAGUUUUGGGUGGAAGGAGCCCCAAAUUCUGCAAGAAACAGAGAUGCUUCCUCGGGAUCUGGAAAUCAAAAGGAUAGAAAGGAUGGAUCUGACAAGAGGAAUGAGGACAAUCAAGAUACCAGGAAAAUGGACAAAAUGGAGGAGCCUAACAGUAAUCUGGAUAAGGAUCUAGAUGCCAGUCAAGGGGAGUCUCAGGACGAUAGCAUGGAGGAUCUGAUAAAGGAUGGGUCACCUAUGGAGGCUGAAUUCCCUGACCCUAUUGCAGUUUUUCACCCUGAACUUGGUCUGCUCCAGCUUGAUUCUGUUGAGAGUCCCAUGAUCCCAAGUUUGGAAGGUUUGAGUGAUAAGGAGCCUUGCUUGGUCCAGCAGUCCCAGGUGUUGUCCCAAGAAGAAGAAAUAGGGCGGGCUCAAGACCAAGAUCUUUCGCAGCAGAAGCUUAUGGUUCAUAAUGCAGAAGGGGUAUACUUCAUGGAUAAGGAUAAAUGGCCAAAGCUAGUGAUUGCUGAUGAAGAUAUCAAUUGUACUCAAGAUAGCUCUUUGGAAGGUCAACUGACAGAUGAAGGAGGUGACCAGGGGUGGGAGAAACCUCCUUCCAGAAAGAAAAAACUCAAGCCGACCAAGCCAAAGGUGACUAUUGCUACCAGGGCUAGUUCCAGGAUCCCAAGAGAUGGCAUACCCGUUGUUGAGAAGGCCAUGAAGAGGGCACAGGAGAGGGAUGAGCUGACAGGUAAUCCUUUCACCAUUCUGAAUAAUGCUUCUAAUGAUGACCUUAGAAAAAUUGCUUUGGAUUUAGACAUUAAUUCUGAUUUCCUAGAUGAAAACCUUAAUGCUAUGAAAGCAGAAGAAUUAGUUAGGGCUGAUCUGGCCCAAGCAAACUAUAAAACUUACUUAUCCAAACUUAAACAUAAAGAGAUCUCUCCAGGGGAGGAGGAUCUGCAAUAUUUAGGUUUGGAUAUUAUAGAUAAUGGUACUCGUGAUAUGGGAGGACCUAAUGCCUCUGCCUCUUAUGAGGCCCCCUCUAAUUUCUCAUAA